CACUAUCAACAAGCUGUGUUGAUAAUGUAAUCCUUAGAUGGAGUUGUGUGUGCAGAGCAAUUUCCUAGUCCAUGUCGUUCAUGCUUGCUGAUAACAGUAUCCAUCUAAGUUACGUCAUCGAGAUAUCACGAAGCUCCAUCACGACAUUUAGCUCUAUUGAAACCAGACGAGCACCUUCACAAAACAACCGUCUCUCUCAAACUUAGCACCCAACAACCCCCCUUCAUACCCCUACCCUCCAUAGUUUCCCCAAGAAACCAACAAAAAACCACACACAAUGUCGGCCACCCCCCGCGUAACCUCCCUAACAGACCUCCCCCCCACCGAAGCAAAAUGGAUAAAACUGCAAAAAGCAACCUACACCGACGCCCACGGCGCCUCUCGCAUCUGGGAAAUCGCAACCCGCAAAACAACGGGCAGCGCAGGCGUCGACGCGGUCGCAAUGGGCAACAUCCUACACCACCCGUCCAAGCCACCCUCCACAAUCCUCGUCCUCCAAUUCCGGCCCCCAGUCAACGCCUUCACCGUAGAAUGGCCAGCCGGCCUAAUCGAUGCGGACGAAACCCCCGAGCAAGCCGCCGUGCGCGAGCUGUAUGAGGAGACGGGGUAUACGGGGACGGUGGUCAGUUCGUCGCCUGCUGUUGCGGCGGAUCCGGGGAUGACGAGCGCGAAUAUGGUGCUGGUUAUGAUGGAUGUGCAGCUUGAGGAGGGGCAAGAGGAGCCGGAGCAGCAUUUGGAUGAGGGGGAGGAUAUUAAGAGGGUGGUUGUGCCGCUUGCGGAGCUGUAUGAGAGGUUGGUGGCGUUUGCGGAUGAGGGGUAUGUGGUUGCGGCGAAGCUUUAUCAUUGGGCGGCGGGCGUGAGGUAUGCGCUUGAUCAUCCGGAGCUUUUUGGGAAGGUGGGUGGGGGGACGUAGGGUGUUGGUGGGUUUGUGAGUGGAUGAGAGGGGGGACUGUGGUAUUGUGGUCAGCGCGGUGUGGGAUCUCGUUGAAGCUGCGAGAUCAACUUUCCCUAGGGCAACAAAACACCCUUUUGGAUUCGAUCGCUGGCUAUAGCUGUGAGAUGAAGCUACUAAUAGAUGAAGCUACCAAGAAAUAGAUCAUUUCUGCGUACAGAGAGAGAAUGAGGUGUAUCUUAGUCCUACUGAUGUAUUU